AUGAACGCACCAGGGGCAGCAGAGCUAGAAUUUCCUUCUGAUGUCUCUGAUCCAACACUUGACAUCGGGGUUAGUGGACCAGAACUAUUCGAACACUUUGUCCAGAAUUAUGACAUGCGCUCUCUUCUCCUCAAUCAACGAUUUCUUGCAUCAGCUCGAAUCCAGGUAACUUAUGUCACGGAGCUCCUUGUCCAGCCAGCAAUACUUCGACUUCUCCUAGAGAUUGCCUUCGUCGUCCCAUGUGACGAUGACUAUAUUCACCACUUUCUCUUUACUGAAUGCUUUACUGGUAACGGGUCUGCAACAGAUUUUGAAUCAUCCAAAGCAGUUAUCCAAGACAUCCAGAAGCCUGUCCUCUCUCAACUAGAUUACUAUGUUCAAAUACCAAAGCAGGAGCGGCUUGAUAUGCUUGAUGCAGCAAUUGACCUUCUCGACAUUUGUCUACGGGAUGAAAGGGCCGUUGCUGUCAUAAAGGAGGACCGUCUACUCCAACGAUACCCAUUUACCGUGGUCUCACGGCGCAAUUGCUUCCCAAUGCUACGUUCCCUGAGAAAUGCUUCUUCAACUAACAGGGUCCCCUUUCACAUCUGCAGAGCGUUUUCCAAGCUUAUUCGCAGUCUGUGCGCACAGCAGGCCUCGGCUAUACUACUUCUGGACGUGUUACAAGAAUCGAUCCCCAAGACAGAUCUAUCUGACGCAGCUGAUGGCUGGAAUUACUUGACUGCAUGGCUCUCCAAUGCAGAUCAUCCCGACGUCAUGGGGUCGUUGAUUUCCUUUGUAGUUGACAGUCAACAUCUUCUCUCUGUUGAUAACAAGCAGCGAUUGACGAACCUACUGACAGAGCUGAGCUUCGCUACCUCUCUUUGCAGACUGUUGGUGACCAACAAUCCUGAUGACGUGCCCGCGGAUGCGGGGCAGAUGGUCUCUGAGGUUCUUAGUGCCAUUCUUUCAGCAACCACUUGCGAUGAGCUUCGACUGGAGGCUAUUAAAUGCCUGCCGAGCCUGGCUGAGCAUGUCUUUGUCACCGAGCACCGAGGCAUUGACGUCUGGCGGAUGAAGUAUACAGGGAGAACAUUAGUCAUUGGUGUUCGCGCAAUAAUAUACAUCACCCGUUCACUCUACGAAAGCACCUAUGGGAAGCCUCCGUCUGUAGCAUCCAAGGAGCUCAAGCAAAUUAGUUACCUACGGUCUAUCUUUCAGAAAGUACUUGGAGUGAUAAAGGGUGUGGGUCACCGACUGCGCAUGUUAAUUAAGGAAGGCAUAGAGUUAGAGCGGCGAGGAAGAGAUGAUCUGUCUGCACAGCCAACCGAUUCCACUGGCUCACAAAGUGCCGGCCCCACUAAUACCUUGGCCCUAACCGUUUUAGAAUCAUUGGCAGAACUCCAGAAUACUCUGUCUCGAUCUAUUGUUACAGAGCACAACGAAAACGCCGUGCAUUUGAAAGGAACUAUUCCUUCUCCUGAUCGUUCUCGUCCUUUUCAACAACGGGUUGAGCUGAUUUCGGGGCAAGACAAACAUAUGGGCCAGUUCUCUCUUGUGCAGUAUGCAAUACUAGAAACACUGGCUAGAUUGUUGCUUCUAUCUGCAGAUAUCCGAGACUUUCUUUGCGUGUCCAAAGGCACUGGUCCUUUUCUCUCAGUAAGCAGUGGAACAUUUGGUGCAGACAACUCCUUUGCUGACUCUGGGUCGGCUGGUUCAUUUCAAGCCAGCUUUCCCUACUCUGCGAUUGUUGGGGUUGGAGGCACAGAGACGGUGGAUCUCAAGAAGACGUUUUGCUUUGGUGGCGGUGGUCAUUACCCCAUUUCUCCUAUGCAUAUCGCCGAGUGCUACGCGAAGAGCGGAAUCCCAGAUGCAGUUUUGCUGACAAUGAUAGCUUACCCGAACUGCUCUAUUUGCCAUUUUCUUGGGACGCGUAUUCUCAUCCCAAUGCUAGAGUACAACGGACAUGCUCCACAUGUCAUCCACUCUAUUAUUUCUGAGACAUGUCUCUUAAGGUUCCUCGACCUCUAUGUGGGCCAAAACAUGAACGACCUGGCUACCAGCUUUACGCUUUCCACAACAAGCAUUGGAGUGUUCCUCGUAUCCAUGGCUGCAAACAUUGUAAGAUUGGCAGGGGGUGUUCCAGAUAGUCGCUGGAAAAAUCGGAAACUUGAUCAUCUUCCAAGCCUAAGACUGUCAUCAGCACAAGUCUCCUCUAUCCACCAAUCCCCUGUGCCCUUAACUCUUGAUGAACUAACAUGCAGCCUCAGAACCUCUUCGACGGCCACAAACACAAUCUUUCAUAAAAUAUCCAACAGUCCACGGUUUAGGGCCUUUUCUGAAAAAGUGUUGCGUACGAAUUUGUGGGCUCGUUUCUCUUUUACUGAGUCUGCUGAUGAAUUUGAAGCCAUGCUCCGCCUGUCUCCCUGCUCAGAACCUCCUCCAUCUCCUAUCAAGCUAUCUCUGCAUGAAAACCGUCAUAUCCCGAGACUAGAUGACGGAAAAAAAUCUAAAGGACAAGCCGUUCCAAUAAUUCCGCAAACCCUAAUUCCUCAGAAAGCUCAGAGCUGUGCUGCAAGAAAGUACAAUGAGGAAGGACACGACAGCGUAGCGUAUAAAGGGCACUAUAUCAGUGGCUCAUUUCUACCAACCCUCGAUAAAAGAAAGAGAAUCAUGCCCCUUGCCGGGAGAAAAGACUCUGACAGCAACCGAUUGACGCGGAUAGCAUCAUAUGGAUUUCUUCCUUCUGACGUCCACAAGGUGGAAAAUGCAAACACUGGCUCCUCGUGGUCUAUUCCAGUGGGUAUGCAGAGGAUUCAAAGAAAACCUGUGCAAGGUCUCCCCGUCCUACGGCCACAUGAAUACGGGAGAAGUGGAGUCAUGAUCACAGUGGCACCCUCGACUCAGCAAGGGUGCCCUCUUAUGUCUAUCAGGACACUUAGGAACACAAGGUCUAGCAACCACUAG